GCUGGAGGACGGGAAGUGGACGACUUAAUCCGUUUUGUAUGUAAGAAAAUGUCGCUGGCAAGUUUAUUACCUGCACCAUCGCAGGUGGUGUGGGAUCGAGAAGAUGAAGCACGGGAACAGAAGCUACGGCAGAGGCCUGUGUCUGCAUUGGUCAAAGCAGUUGUUACUGCUCCUCCCUAUGGGCAACGUAAGGGAUGGGUACCUAGGAAUCCAGAAGAUUUUGGAGACGGUGGGGCAUUCCCUGAAAUCCAUGUAGCUCAGUAUCCACUUGGAAUGGGAGUGAAAGGAAAAGAAACUACAAGCAAUGCUCUGGCAGUUCAGCUAGAUGCCCAUGGGAAAGUAAAGUAUGACAUGAUUGCUAGGCAAGGUCAUUCCAAAGAUAAGAUUGUCUACAGCAAAUUGAGCGAUUUACUACCGUCAGAAAUAACCAGCGAAGAGGAUCCUAGUUUACAGCGUCCUCCGACAGAAGAAAUAGAUGAACUCACAGAAAAAACCAGGAAAGCUUUGGAAAAGAUAACUAGAUCAAAGAUAGCCGCAGCGAUGCCAGUUAGAUGCGCCGAGAAACAAGCACCAGCUCAGUAUAUUCGAUACACACCAUCGCAACAAGGACAAUCCUUUAACUCUGGUGCCAAGCAGAGAGUUAUCAGAAUGGUAGAAGCUCAGAUAGAUCCGUUAGAACCACCAAAAUUCAAGAUUAAUAAGAAAAUACCACGAGGUCCUCCGUCACCUCCGGCACCAGUUAUGCACUCACCUACAAGGAAAGUCACAGUGAAAGAACAAAAAGAAUGGAAAAUACCACCUUGUAUCAGUAAUUGGAAGAACGCUAAAGGUUACACAAUUCCCUUGGAUAAACGUUUAGCUGCGGACGGUCGCGGUUUACAGCAAGUUCACAUAAAUGAAAAUUUCGCCAAGCUAGCUGAAGCUCUUUACAUUGCUGACAGAAAAGCCCGUGAGGCUGUAGAGAUGCGAGCACAGCUGGAGAAGAAGCUGGCUCAGAAAGAGAAGGAAAAGAAGGAGGAUCAUUUGAGGCAACUUGCGCAAAAAGCCAGAGAGGAACGUGCUGGUUUGAAAUCCUCUGCUGCGAUAGAAUGGAAUUGGGAAAGAGACCAGCUCAGGCAGGAACGACACAAGGACCGUGCUCGUGAACGAAAUUUGGCGCGUGCUGCUCCCGAUAAGCGUUCUAGAUUGCAACGUGAACGUGAACGUGACAUUAGCGAACAAAUAGCACUUGGUUUGCCAGCAAAGAGCAUUCCGAAUACCGGAGAGGCACAAUUCGAUCAGCGAUUAUUCAAUACAACCAAAGGAAUGGACAGUGGUUAUGGGCAUGACGAUGAAUACAAUGUUUACGAUAAACCGUGGAAAGAUUCAAAUUCCAUUGGUUCGCACAUAUACCGUCCUAGUAAGAGCAUUGACAAGGAUACUUAUGGAGAUGAUUUGGAAAAACUCGUUAAAACAAACAGAUUUGUCCCGGACAAAGAAUUCAGUGGAACUGACAGAUCAGCAACUCGGUCUGGACCAGUGCAAUUUGAGAAAGAUGAAGAAGAUCCAUUUGGUUUGGAUCAGUUCUUAAAACAGGCCAAACGCGCCAGCAGUUCUACAACUACUGCCACGAAGCGGAAGGAAGAACGCGAGCAACGAAGAGAUGAUCGUGACAAGCGAAGGAAACACUAG